AAAAUUUAAUAGUACGAUAAAUUUUGUUUUGCUAUGUAGUAUUAUUUUGAUAGUCUUACGGGAAAGAAUACAAUUAACUAGAAAGCUUCCGGAUUUUAACUAUUCGAAAGAAAAGAAAUUUCGAUUUUUAAUGGCGUUAGCAAAACCACCACCAAUUGAAAAUUUUGAAUUAUUUUUGGAGAAUAAUCUUAAAAAUGGAUCAAAAGUUAUAUCAUAUACAAGUAAAUAUUUAACAAAACCAGGUGAUAAUUAUGGUAGCUGCAUGUUAGCUGUGACAGCAAAUAUAAAACAUUCAAAUGGAUUAAAUGAAAUUUUAGAAUUAGUUGUAAAAAUGCCACCAACAAAUGAAUUGUAUUGGAAAAUUUUUGAGCCUCAACGAACUUGUUUAACGGAAAACCUAGUUUAUAAUGUAUUAAUUCCGAUAUUAAAACAAAUUCAAUUAGAUGCUAAAAUAACAAAUAAUGAUGAUCUAUUAAAUGUUUUUCCAAAAUGUUAUGGAACAAGGAUUUCAUUAUUAAGCGAUACAAAUAUUGUUGAUAAAAAUGCUAUUUUAAUUUUGGAAAAUUUAGUUUCUUUGGGUUAUAAAGUUGCUGAUAGAUUAGAAAGUUUUGACUAUAAACAUACAAUUAUUGCAUUAAGAGAUUUGGCUAAAUUUCAUGCUCUACCAAUGUCUUUAAGAAUCUUAAAACCGAAGAUUUUUAAAGAAAAUAUAAUGCCGUAUUUAAGAAGAUUUGAUAUUACGAAAAAUUUUGGUAAAGAUUUAAAUGAUAAAUUGAUUAAGAAUGCUAAGAAAGAUAUUGAGUCUUUAAAAGACUUUUCAUCCGAAGCUUUUAUGAAAAAAGUGGAUUAUUUUAUAGAUAAUUCAUGCAAAUAUAUGGCUAAUACAAAUGAAUGUGAGGAUAGUUUAUUUACUACGAUUGCACAUUAUGAUUUUUGGGUCAAUAAUAUGAUGUUCCUAUAUGAUAAAGAUGAAAAUCCUGUAAAAAUUAAGAUUUUAGAUUUUCAAAUAGCUCAAUAUGAAUCAUUAGCACAUGAUGUAAUUUUCUUCAUAUUUACAAGUGUUAAAUCAGAACUUAUUCAAGAACAAUAUGACCACUUUCUGAAGGUUUAUUACGAUGAAUUUACUAAAUGUUUAUUAUUAUUGGGGUGUGAUACAUCAGGAUAUUCUUUUGAAAAAUUCAUGGAUGAAAUUAAACGAAUUGCACCAGUGCAAUUCUUUCAUAUAAUUUCAAUGUUUAAAAUUAUAUUUAUAGAAAAACAUGGCUUGCCAGAUGAUUUUAGCGAUAUGAAUGAAAAUACCUUGGAUAAUGAAAAUGCUUAUUCGGAUAAAUAUUUUAAUAAGUUAAAAGAAUUUUUAAAAUUUUAUACAAAGAGAGGUUAUUUAGAAUGCUGAUUAAAAAUAUAGAAUUUUUCGAAAAAAUUUUAAUAAAAACCAAAUUUAUAUAGUUUUGUAUAAUAAAGAAAUGAAGACAGAAGCUCUUAGUUUAGAAUAAUGAUUGUAAAACAUUAUAAAUAAAAUGAGAGAUUUUAGUA